AUGCUACAAACGAGAUGUAGGAGCAGUCGGUAUUCUAAUUGCACACGAUGGUCACUAUCUGCGUUAGUGUGGUGCUGCAUCUCAGGAUGGUUUUUACGCUCAAUUUCGCAAGUACAAGGUCUAAGAAAAUACUCGCAUAGCGACAUACUACGUUUGCGUGAACGAGUACAAAGUAUGUUCCAACAUGCGUACGAUGGCUAUCUACAAUAUGGUGCCCCCUACGACGAACUGCGACCGUUGUCUUGCGAUGCAGUCGACACAUGGGGCAGUUAUUCUUUGACGCUAAUCGACGCUCUCGACACGUUAGCUGUUAUGGGAAACUAUACGGAGUUUGGACGCGUCGUGCAGCUUUUGGCCGAUCAAACUUUCGAUGCGGAUAUCAACGUAUCAGUAUUCGAGACCAACAUCCGCAUUAUUGGAGGCCUGCUCUCGGCACACUUGCUUUCCAAUCAGGCGGAUUUGAAAUCACUGGGAGUUGUCGAACCAGGCUGGCCUUGCGAAGGACCGUUGCUACGGCUGGCUGAGGAUGUUGCCCAGCGUUUGUUACCCGCUUUCGAUACCGCUACGGGAAUGCCUUAUGGGACGGUCAAUUUGCGUCAUGGUGUUCCGUACGGUGAAACAACAGUAACGUGUACCGCCGGUAUCGGUACAUUCAUAUUGGAAUUCGGCACGCUCAGUCGGCUGACCGGAAAUCCUGUAUAUGAGGAUGUGGCUAUGCACGCUUUAACGGCUCUGUAUGAGCACCGUUCAACGAUCGGCUUGUACGGAAACCACAUCGAUGUGCAAACUGGCCGUUGGAUAGCGCAAGAUGCGGGAAUUGGCGCCGGAGUGGAUUCCUAUUUUGAAUAUUUAGUAAAAGGGUCCAUUUUGCUGGAGAAACCUUCGCUCUUCGCAACCUUCUUGGAAAAUAAAGCAUCAAUAGAUCGCUACCUGAAACGUGAAGAUUGGUACGUUUGGGUGAGCAUGAGUAAAGGCCAAUUAACGUUGCCCGUCUUCCAGUCGUUGGAGGCCUAUUGGCCGGGUCUGCUAAGUUUGUAUGGUAACACGAAGGAAGCAUUGCGUGUGCUACACAGCUACCAGACUGUCUGGAGGCAGUAUGGCUUUUUGCCAGAGUUCUACAAUAUUCCCACUGGCGAAGCUGGUACAAAUCGUGAAAAUUAUCCCCUGCGGCCUGAGUUAAUCGAAUCAGUUAUGUAUCUUUACCGUGCCACGGGCGAUCCGUUUCUGUUAGAAGUGGGUGAAAAUAUUCUCGAAAGCAUUGAACAUAGUGCAAAGACAGCUUGUGGGUAUGCUACGAUACGAAACGUCAUCACCCACCAACAAGAGGAUCGCAUGGAGUCAUUCUUUUUAGCCGAAACUACCAAAUAUCUUUAUUUGCUAUUUGAUUCCAGCAAUUUUCUCCACAACGAUGGCCGCAUUGGAAAUAUCGUUAAAACGAAAAAUCUUUCAGAAAACCUAGAAUGUGUGGUAGAUGCAGGUGGAUACAUUUUCAACACCGAAGCUCAUCCCAUAGAUCCAAUGGCACUGCGAUGUUGUGAAGCACGGCGUUCCAACAUUUUUGAAAAUGCACCCAAUCCAAGCGAACAAAAUGUUCCACGUGGUGAACUGCUUUUGCAGAGAGCUUCACGUAAAGCCCAACCAGUAUCUAAAAAGAAUACGCAAAAGCUUGCGAUCCCAUUCAAAGAACCAGGGAUAGCUUCUACCGCAAAGAUUGAAGCGGAAAGCGAAGAAAGGAUGGCUACGGUAAAGCUUCCAACCAACCCUAUAAGUAGAAAUUUAGACAGCGGAGACAUAAUCGGUGAAAUCAAAACGAAUAUCAUCUCCUCAAGCGUAACCGUCUCAACCGAAAAGGACAAAGAUAUAGCUUCGAUUCCCACUACAAAAGUGUUAUUGGAGUCAAACGCGGGUAAAUCGAAUCCCUCGGACAAACCGACGCUUCUAUCUGGUGGCGCAGACACACCGGAAACAAAUGCGAAGAAAAUCGCAGGUAACGUGAAUAACUUACUUUUGGAAAUAAAAGCUGCGGAGAAACCGUUCAUUUCUACAGACCAUUCCUCUAGUUUGCGAAAUAAAGCAGACAGUGAUUCUUAUGAAUACAAGGAAGCGUAUGAGAUAGUAGAAGAUAAAACAGUAACCACCCUCGUUAAACUCAUACAAAACUUAUUUCUCAAAAACAGUGGACAACAGAGCCAAAGAAGAGCAAAGUUUGAUAGUGAAAAAUUUUACCAACAAUUAGAAAGGAAAAGACUUGAGCAACUUAAACGGUUGGCGGAAGUAAAUGGCAAUAUUAAUGCUUCAGAAACAGCUUCAACGGCUGCUGGUACCAUGAACGUACGAUACGAGCUGUUGUCAUGCACCGCGCAGUCCUAUCUGCAGAGAUUAACACUGCUAGGAGAGUUCUAUCAUGGUUAAAACACCCAACUGUAGCCACAAACUAGCGUUAUCAAAUAUGCAAACGAAAGGUCAUAUAGUUUGGCAAAACGAUAUUAGAUUUAAAGAGGUUUU